CUGGAGUUGGCUGAGGGAUCAGACCGCUUGGCGCUGCCUCGAACGUAAGGAAAUUGACACGGUAUGUCGGUUGUGAACCGGAAAAACUUGUGAAAAACUGGAUAACGGUGCGUGGUUCAGUGCUGCAACCUGGAACGAUGGAAUUGACCGAUUGUGAUGUGCUAGACGAGAAAUUGGAGUCGAUCAGCCGAAAAUGUCCUCACCGUCACCGAUCACGUGUUCAAAAUACGGUAGCAAAAAUGAGAUAGAUUAUCUGAAGUGCAAGAUGAACGCCAGCCAGAGGGCGCCUUCCCCUCAGUCGUCUGAGAACUCCUCGGCCGUCCAUACCAAGGUCACGCAGACCAAGAGGAAAAGAUCCACUGGUAUCCACUUGAACAACCUUUGGUCUGUUUGGUAUGGGUUAUUGGGGAGUGGGAUACAAGCGUAUACGGUCGUCAAAGCUAUAAAAAGACUUCUGGGAUAUUCUUUCCUGUAUUGGCCUGAAGACAUAUCACUUCCAUAUCUGGAGCUGAACUGCAGUCUUGGACUUUUGGGGGCUGCAGUUCUGUUGCUGCCUAUCUUUUUAGUGUGUGCUGUAUUCAAGGUUGGAAACCUUGCGAACGAUGGUUUCAAGUUGGGUCGCCAAGUAGGCAUGUGUAGCAAGGAGCCCCCUGCUGAAGUCCUGACGCAGGGGGGUGGUUGCAGCCUUUUCAAACACGGGGGACCCACUGCCCCCUUCGUUCAUUUGGUUAUUGCUUUCUGCCUGUUGCUACCCAAACUGCUCAUGGAGGCUAAGAUGAUAGAGGCUGGCUUCUUAUCACAAGAGUGGAUAUGGAAGACGGACCUCGAUUUCAUGGUGGUGCACAGGGACAGGUUGGUCGUCCUCAGUUUCAUGACCCCCAACGCCACCGGAAACGCGCCGUCUUCGAUUUCGCAGGCCAGGAUAAUAUCGGGAACCAACAAACCCCCAUCGAUGGGCGUUUUUAGCCCCACUGCCGGGGUGCCGCUCAAUCACAACCCAGUUGCUCACACGGUCAUCAAAACGCUCAAGGAUAUCAUCGGACACGACAACCACACUCAGCCUCAUCCGUCAAGAGAUGCUGAUAUGGGACAUACCCUGAGCCUCGAGUACAUCAACCUUGCCAUUGCUCUCAUGGUGUACUCAAUCCGAUACUCGGCAAUAUUUUGGUCGACUAACAAGUGCCUGGGAAUAAUGUUUUCGAUACAGUUGCUCAUCAACAGUGUUCACACCCUUUUGUCUUACUGUGGAAUGACAAUUCUUUACAAAGUUCAAGUGGCGGGAAUUUGGAAAUCUUUACCCCUGUUGAAACACGCUGGAUAUGGCUUCAUGUCCAACAGGUCCACGCCUUUCCUGUUGAACGCUCAGGUUACCUUAGGCCUCUAUUUACUCUCAACGCUCCUCGUGGUUGCCUCAAGUUUGAUACUUUACUUCUACGGCCACACAAGAUUCAACGAAUUCCUCAACCGAGAGUGCCAACGUAAGAUAAUCACCCUGAAGAGGGAUAGCAUCAACAAAUGGAGCUACUUCACCCACUGCGCUGCUCUCUGCGUCCUCAUUUCAGUCGGUAUAUGCUACGCUCCCCUGCUACACGAUUACACGUUCGUGUACAAGGGUAGUUUGGACGACGUAACGUUAGCCUGCAUAAUCGGCGGGAUCUUGCAUCUCUUUUUAUGGGUGGUGAUUUGGCUGUUCCUUACCAUAAAGCAGAGAUGGAUAUUCAAAUUGAGGGUUGUGGUUGGAAGAGCUAGCGUGAAACAAGCCAGAUCUCUCAGGCUGAUUACAGACGUCGAUCUAUCCAGGAAUCCAAGGGAUGCUCCAGACCAACCACUCCUGGUAGUGGCCAACGGGAGAACUUACGGUGUGGUGGACGUCUCACCUCAAAAAGCCAUUAUGAAUAUCGUGAAAAAGUCGACAACUGUCAGAAGAGCGAUCCACCAUGAUGCCACGCCAAAUCUGGAAGAAGAUGAAGAACAGAUAUACUGGCUUAGGCCUGCGCUUUCGAACCAGCAACCGUCGCCAGAUCAAUCAAAACAGCUUUGUUGCUUCACCAAGAAGGAGAAGAACAAGGUCACCUUCAACGAGACUGCCAGUACGUCUAACAAUCGGAGUAAAAUUAAUGGGUCAAAAUCGAGGCGAAUACCAGGAAUGGACGAAGACGAUGGAGAUUAUGCCACCUUAAGAGAGCUCCCCCUUCCUCCGAUUCGAACGAACAAUAACGACAAUGACACUGUGAGCGAGGAAGGAAAACUCUUGGCCUGUGUCCACGACGAGAACAUAACUUACGCAAGCAACAAUCAGGACUUGAAUCCGCCACUGACGUACGAAGAUCCUAGUCCCCUCUUAACGCCAGAACCACUGCCAAACACGUCCGAGCCAUCAAACCCAGUGAUAAGUAGCACUUUACAGUCCAAUUCUUCUCAAACACCGCGAUGCCUGAGAAGGGCGGACUCCGGGAUGCCCCACGAGGAAGCCAACUCAAGGUCGGAGUCCGUAAGUACGGAGAGCUCUAGUUCCCCGCCUGACCCUCCUGAAAGCAACCACAGCGAAUCCUCCAGCGGCAUACAUUCGAACGACAGUCGAGAGCACAAGCAGACGAGAAGGGCGACCAGCGUCGUGGACCUCAUGCAGCCACCGCCAAGGGAAGAGGUGCAAUGGAAGAGUUUCUCCCUGCAGAGAAACGUACAGCCUCCAACCAGUGGCGCGUUUAACGCAACUUCGCCUCCGGGGAUGCCAACCGUUAGCGCUUUGGAAAAAGAGGGUAUUCCUAAGGUUAUUCUGGAGGAAGGAGAGGAUACCGUCAUCAUCAGGAGGAAAUCGUACAGGCCAACUGUCCCAGAACCGUCCCAGACCACCCUAGAGACAUUUGGAAGGGCUACAAAUAUGCGGAUGGUGUCGUUCACUGAAAAGACGGACCUCAGUAAGAUUCAAUCAACUUCAGCGACUCUACCGCAUUACCCAACUCAACCAGUACCCACCGUUUAUCCCAACUGCUCCACAAUGCCCCUUCCACCUCAACACACGAGCAUCCAGAGCAAUAGUCUAGGGAAUAGUUGUAACAUUUACCCGAGGCAACACAGCACGAUACCAACGCACCACAACGGAGUUACGGUAAAGAUGUACAACGGCACAACAGCACAAAACGCACACUUCGCUAUGCAUAACAGACUGCCCUGCAAACAAGAUUUGACAGGCACCGACGUUAUAUAUUCCAGGAUCUACAGGAAUCCUAACGUUUACCACCAGAGCUCGUAGAGGAUUUUAGUUUUCCCCAGAAACUAUUGGUACAUUCUUAUGUUUCAGUGAAAUUCUAAAGAAUUUACCAAUAGUUUCCUACGGACUGAUAAUAUAAAAAGUCUAACUGAACAAUAAAUCUAAAGGGUAUUUUAUGAAUAGAAGUUAGCAGCUAGCGAGAAAAAGUUUUAGCCGCCUACUUUAUACCGAAAUAUUUGUAUAUACCGUUUAUAACGUUUAUAAUGAAUUUGAUAUACAUAUAUCCUCGUGGAUGUUCUUCGGAGAAUGAAAGAUCACACGACCAAAGCUUCGAUCAUAACCCUUUACCUUUCGUGCUGUGCUGUCCUUGCUUUUCGACUCUGACUCUUUGAGGAUUAUAUUUGUGAACUUCAAAUCCUAGUUUGGAUCGAAGUCAGAGUACAAUAAUCUCUGUAGAUCUCUUAGUUUCAAUCAGGUUUAAUCAUGAAAAAUUAUUCAUGUUUAAAGUGAAUGUGAGGUUGUUUGGGGAAAAAAUAGUUCCUUGUUUUUUGGUUGUGCCCAGGUACAGUGAAAACUUAUUCUUCUAGUUUGAUGCCUAUAUUAUAACAGUGUUACCUUAAUCAUAAAUUAUAUUCUCACUGUAAACCACGUUAAUCCCUUGCUGUGCAAUACAGUUAUACCAAUGGAGAAUGCCAUUUAUAUUAAUCGAGAAGAUAUUUGCAACUGAAAACAUACUUGCUUUCAAUUUUCAUUCAUUUUCGACCAAUGGGAAUAAAAAUAUCAUAUCUGUCUCGACUUCAAAUGAGAAAUUCUUAUUUUUGCUGUGAACUAUAUUGAAUUACUUGUCAUUCGUCAUAUCAAUAGUUUAGUAUUUUCAUGGGAGCAAUUUUGAUUGUAGUGUUUGCCUCAAUGAAUUCUUAGUUUAGUAUAUGUCGCAAUAGAAAUAUAAAAAAAUUAGUACAAAAAGAUAUCUAACAAUGAUAUUAUCAAGAUUUUAGUUUUUUAUUGAAUGCAAGUAUGGACAUCCCCGUAUUUUCCAAUUUCCACAUAAGUAUUCCUAAAAGUUCUAUAAAUGUUAACUGUGUCUUUAUAAAAUUAUAACACUAUAGAUGAAAGGUUGUGAUAAUGAGUGGGACUUGCGUUUUUUUUAACACUGCAUUCACCAUCAAAGAAUCGAAAAUAUUUUCCAACAAUCUGUAUUUUUUUUGUUGCAGUGUUACUACAUUCCUUCGCUUAUUACUCGAAUUCCUACAUUUUUUACUAAGGCUCUAGAUGAAAAGUAUAGUUAAAUUAACAGAUAAAUAUGAUAUAGUUGAAGGUGAAACAAUAAUAUAGACCUAGCUUUUUAUAUGAAAUGCUUAGAAUUGUAUACAUCUAAGUAUAAUUAUUAUAUUAAAUUGUUUGCGUAACCUUGAACAUAAAGUGUCACUUCAAAAUGUGACAUAUUGCCAUUAACCUAAGUGUCAUCUUUUGAAGCGACCAUUUGUGUUGUAUAUUCCUUGAUAACUGUUAAUUCCUUUCUAAAUGAUCUCUGGUUCAUGGUAACAUGGGUGAUUUUUUGGUACAAUCGGAGAAUUUUUAACAAAUACUCUAAAUAAAUAUACGGACUGAAUUUAAAGGUGAAAGGGUUACCAUGAAUUUUCUAAGUUAUGUUUUCUAGUCAUUAGGUUAAUGUAAUUAUGUAAUAUAUGAUUAUUUAUUGUAUUUUAACGUUUUAUAGAAUAAAUAAAUGAAUAUACCACUUA